CACACACACACACACACACACACACACACACACACACACACACACACACACACACACACAGGAACAGUGGAAGUGACAUUGCACUAACACAUAUAUAAUCACGCUUGGAAAUUAUUACACAGAGUUAAGACAGUUUGUCUACUGCAGCAGAGUGACUUCGUGGACACAUUACAUUACACAUACACUUUACCCUGUAGAUGUCUCCCGUGGGUGUGUAUUGUCUUCUCUUUAUCUCCGUCUCAGUGUGUUACUGGGUACCAGCAGGGUGCUAUGCCAACGGCAAGGUCUCCAAAGCCUGUGGCAGCAUGGAACCCCAUCAUGGUGCCUCUGGUCAGACCACUCACAGUCCCUACCGCCUAGAAACCAACACAACCACGUUCAGUCCCACAGAUCGGAUCCAAGUCAUCCUAUCUGGAACAACGUAUUUCGAGGGUUUCCUGCUUGAGGCCAGAGAUGCAGCCACUCAUGCCACAGCAUCCACGGUUGGCACCUUCACCCUGACCAAUCCGAUGAGGACACAGCUGCUCACCUGUAAUAAGCACCAGGGUUCAGCAGUGAGCCAUAAGAGUGAUGCCAGACAGACAGAGGUUGUUGUCAUCUGGAAUGCUCCUACAGAUGCUCCCAGACAGGUUCAGUUUUUUGUGACUGUAGUUGCGCACUACAACAAGUUUUGGGUGAAGCUGCCUGGACCAAUCAUCUAUCAGAAUGGGGUUACUCCCCACCCACCUCAGUCAGACACUACACCUCAUCCAGUGCCAACGACCACACCCUCCGACCUGCCUGGGCCUUUUACUUCUGAAGGAUGUGGCCAAUCAAAAUCCUGCCUGCUAGAUCCUUCAGGUUGUGAUCCAAAGGAAGAUCCUCACUGCUUCUUCCUGUCUAUGGCUACAGAGGGGCCUGGAAAUACGUCUGUGAUAUUUGAGCUGAGUGGCCCAGUGGAGGGAUACAUUGCCUUUGCACUGUCCUGGGACACAUGGAUGGGCAAUGACGAUGUGUAUAUGUGUGUAAAAGAGGGGCACAGAGUAUCAGUGAGGGCUGCCUUCGUCAGUGGACGGACACAUCCUGAGGACCAGUCACAGUCUGGUCUCUCCUCAGUGUCAUGGCGGCUGGCAGAUGGAAUGAUCCAGUGCAGGUUCAGUAGACCAAUCAAACUGAGCAAUCAAGACCCAGCCCGCUACGAUCUGGACCAGGAGUACUUUCUGUUUCUAGCUAAUGGAUAUGCUCAGCAUGGUAAUAUAUGGAGACAUAGUCACCAGCCACUAAUCUCCACCAAGAGAAAAAACAUCACUGGAACCCCUGAGGUCCUAAGAAGCUCCCGGGGUCCCAUUAUUAUGAAAAUUCAUGGUGCACUAAUGCUGUUAGCCUGGAUGCUAACAGGAAGUGUUGGUACCUUCAUCGCCAGCUUCUACAAACCUGAUUGGCCAAAUCAAACUCUGCUUGGCCAGAAAGUCUGGUUCCAGGUUCAUCGAGUCCUGAUGCUGCUAACUGUGACUCUGACCGUUGUAGCCUUUUGCCUCCCAUUUUUCUACAGGAAAGGUUGGAGCAAGCAUGCAGGUGUCCAUCCAUACCUAGGCUGCUGUGUCUUGGCAUUAUCUCUGAUUCAACCAAUAAUGGCUGUGAUCAGGCCAUCACCUGACUCACACAGGAGAUAUGUCUUUAACUGGGCCCACUGGGGAGUUGGGUCUUUGACUGAGAUCAUGGCAGUGGCAGCCAUGUUCCUGGGGAUGCGUCAAUCAUCACUGCUCCUCCCCCAGCCGUGGGCAACACAUGUUCUGAUUGGCUAUGUGAUGUGGCUGGCCUCAUUUAGGAUCUUCCUCCUGAUGCACAAGCACCUUUACAUCAAAAAGUCAGCACAGGAGUCAGAUGACACCCAGGGAAUCCUCUCUGACCAAUCAGAGCAUCGUCACUGGGGGUCCUUCAUAAAGUCUCUCAUCUUGGCUGUGUUGGCUCUCGGAAACGCUGGUCUCCUAAUGGCCUUGUUGUCUUCUAUUGCUGAAAUUUGACAUUUGAUGGCAAAACAUUUAAAUAACUUUCACAACCAUGAUUGACAGCUAUUUUAAAGGUUGAUUUGAUUUUAUGCAAAGCUUGGAAUACCAGUAACAUUCCAAGUCCAGCAAAGCCAGAUAACAUAAAGAAGGAGGAACUUAACUUUAUUAUGUCAACCACACAAUCAUUUAAUUAUUUAUUUAAUAUCUGUAUUAAGGCCUAAGAGAAAUCUAAGUAAAUUGUUUCCUCUCCUGUGUUUAUUACGGUGGCCUACAAGGGCAAACUCGCCGCAAACGGCAAAACACUUCAAACA